AGCGGCGUCUGGCAGCGCGGCGGCCGGCACCGCGGCGGACAUGGGGCGGCGCGGCGGGGCUCCCUGGGCCCUGGAGGUGGCGGUGCUGGUGACAUCGGCUUGUCUCGCCGGUGUAUGCGGUGAUGAAUUUAGUGUCUUACGAUCACCUCAGUCAGUUGUUUUUCGAGAUGGAAGUUGGCCUUCCUGGCGAGCGGAUCCCAGAUGUAGCUGCAUUAUCCAUGGGCUUUUCUGUUGAAGAUGACCUUUCCUGGCCUGGGCUUGCAGUGGGUGAUCUGUUUCACAGACCACGAGCUACUGUGCUGGUAACAGUAAAAGGAGUAGACAAGCUGACGCUACCUGUGAAAAGGAUUUCUUACCCUAUUGAGAAUGCUGUUCCUUUCAGUCUUGACAGUGUUGCAAACGCUAUUCAUACUUUGUUCUCUGAGGAAACUCCUGUGGUCUUGCAGCUGGCCCCCAGUGAGGAAAGAGUGUACAUGGUGGGCAAGGCAAACUCCGUAUUUGAAGAUCUUUCUGUCACGCUGCGCCAACUGCGAAACCGCUUAUUCCAGGACAACUCUAUUCUCAGCUCCCUUCCUCUCAACUCCCUCAGCAGAAACAAUGAGGUUGACUUGCUUUUUCUGUCAGAACUACAAGUCCUACAUGAUAUUGCAAGCCUGCUGUCUCGACACAAGCUUAGCCAAAGAUCACUCUCCAGACCUGUAUUCUCUGGAACUGGCUGGUUUGGAAGAGGUUGGAAAACAUAUGGGGAAGACUCACAGCAGUUCAAGGAUGCUUCUCAAAUUCUUGUAGACUCUUUGCAAAAGUUUGCAGAUGAGAUGUUUAAUCUGUAUAGCGGGAAUGCAGUAGUAGAAGUGGUAGCUGUAAAGACAUUUAAUUCUCCCCUCACAAGGAAGACUCGCUCCAUUCUCCAGUCUACACAGAGCGAAACAGAAAAUCCAUAUAACCUUGCCUAUCCAUACAACUACAACUACUCUGUAAUCUUCAACAUUAUUCUGUGGAUGAUGAUAGGUCUUGCUUUAGCUGUGAUAGUUAUCUCCUACAACCUCUGGAACAUGGAUCCUGGGUAUGACAGCAUUAUUUAUAGGAUGACGAAUCAGAAGAUAAGAAUGGAUUAAACCGCACUGUAUUUCAGCGCAAGGAAAUGAUGAAGAGUAAGGUCUCCUUUAAACUGUGUGGAAAACAAAUAUUCUGCCAUGGUUAAUUGUGGAACUUUUUAAAAGGUGUAUUUAUUUCUAAGUUGGGGUUUUUUCCCCCCCCCCCCUCAAGCCUAUUUUAAAUGUUAGUAGUAGCACCAGAAAGGAUUUAGAAAUUGAAAUCUGCUUGUUUAAAAAAAACCCGAAACAAAAAAAAAACCAACAAAACAAUCCCCAAAGUAAAUGUUAUCAAAGUAACAUCAUUCCAUUUUUUUAUCAUGUAACAUGAGUUUUUGAAAUGCCCUAUACUGCCUGUGACUAUGUGCAAAACAGAUAAAUUGAAAUUAUGAUAGCAACAUGUUGUUUGAAACUUUUACACUGGAAGAUUAGAAAUUAUAGCUAAAUUGUUGUGUUGUAUAUUAUGAACCAGUUGUAAAUGUUUGAUGUAAAUAUUUAUAAUGGCUAUAUGUAACUUCAGAGAGGAUAGUAAUUAUUCUUUAGUAAAAUACUAAAUAUAGAAAUAUUUCUACAAGACUGUGAUUCUAGUGGCACAAAUUGCAUUUUGAUCUCAUGUUGAUGGCUCAGAUGUGAGCUGUAGACAGAAGGAUCUUUUACCUAGAACUUUACUGAUUUGGAGGUAAAUAACACUAGUGUGGCUGGUCUAUACAGUGGAGGGUCUGUAAAUACUGAAGUAGCACCAGUCUGAUCAUGGUCUAACGUCACAUACAGUUGAAAGUUCCUGGUAUGAUGCUUCAUAUUCCUUCCAUUUGUGUUGAUGUUAUUAUAAAAACCUAAAUCACUUCUUUUUCAUGAUAAGAGUGGACCAACACUUGAUUUAAGUAUACCUGGAUUACAGUCCUGCUUCAACCAUUCAAUAAAACAAAGAACAGUGGUUCU